UAUACUGUGUAAAUUUCUACCGAAAAGGCUUCUGUGUGACACAGUAUAUUGGCUCUUCGUCCUGCUCAGCCCGCGAUGUUCGCUGGCGAUAAUCUCUCUCUACAUGCACAUAUAUUGCCAUCGCAUUGUUGCUGUUCUGUGAGGUUUAAUAAAUUAAGGCAUCAUUGGGGCUUAUAUGUAUGAAACAUCUAUUGGUUUUCGAUUGCUAAGAGUAUUGAUAAGAGAGUAGUUCGUUUCUUAAUGCCGCCAUUUAUGUCGACUUCGAAGGCCCUUGGGCGGCUUGUUUCGCACCGGAAUUGUAUCAAACAGUUGGCGAGGUAUUCCAAGAAUAAUGGGUAUUUGGGAAAUUAUGCUCAGUUUCGAUGCUUGAGCAGCAUUGCAGGUAUGGAGCCGUUGCCGAUCAAUAAGCUCAUUGGUGCUUAUAAGGAUAGUGAUUUUGCUUUUGGAAGCAUUUGUAAUCGGAGUGUUGUUCAGAGGAGGAGUUUUCUUGGUGUUGGUGAUGGAGAAGAGGGCAAUGUUUUAUCCAAAGUUUACGAGGAGAGGCGCGUUUUGGGGUAUUCUCCUGAGCAGCUGUUUGCCGUUGUUGCUGCUGUUGACUUGUAUGAAGGUUUUCUCCCCUGGUGUCAACGAUCAGAGAUUGUUCGACGCCACCCAGAUGGAUCAUUUGAUGCUGAGCUGGAGAUUGGUUUCAAAUUUCUUGUUGAAAGUUAUGUUUCCCAUGUGGAAUUAAAAAAACCAAAAUCGGUAAAGACAACUGUAUCAGAUAGUAACCUUUUUGACCAUUUGAUAAACGUUUGGGAAUUCAAUCCGGGGCCUGUUCCAGGAACUUGCAGCCUUUAUUUCUUGGUGGAUUUCAAGUUCCAGUCACCACUUUAUCGACAGAUGGCUUCAGUGUUCUUCAAGGAGGUGGUCUCUCGGCUUGUUAGUUCAUUCAAUGAUCGUUGUCGUGUGAUAUAUGGACCAGGGGUUCGAAUCCUUGAAAACACAUACGGCCAAGGAUUGUGAAAGUGUUCGGCUUAUUUGAUGAUGAUACCCUUGUAAACUCAAAUGCCAAUUUAUAUCCUCUGUGCACUUCACACAAAUUUCAAAUCAACGGAAUCUAAUUCAUUUCUCAUCAUGUCCGCUAGAUUCUUGUUCUGUGUGCUGGCCAGUGCCCAUUGCUCAUUCAUUUUUGCCGGGUGCUGUGCGAAGGUUCGCUUUUAUGACCUGCUUGCUAACCGUUCUCGGUUCUGUUUAUCAUUUAAAGCUUAAAUGCAAGUAGUGUUUAUGUUAUGUUGUUUAUCAAUAA